CAAAUGCAAUAGUACUAAUAUUAUUUCUAAGAAGUAAAUGAAUCAUUUCGUAGAUUUACAAAUCUCCAACUCUUAGAAAAGUGCCCACAGCGCAGAGGGCGGAGUUUGAGAUUUACAGAAUUCCAACGAAUUUGAAGAUUAACUGAAGUAGGUCAGAUUAGGGAGUCGCAUAUUUGAUAGAUUAAGUGUAUGAAAUUUGAAAUGUUCUGAAAUUUGUUGUCUUUUUCGCAGUUUGAUUGGUAAACCUUUUAACACUUACUAUUCAACUAAGAAUAUUUAUAGGAAGAUUAAUAUGAGCGCACCUACAGCUUCACUUUUUCAGUCGCCUACAGCUACAGGUACCGGCAGCCUGGGUGACUAUUAUUUAGGUGUAGGAGCACCGUUAUUACAACAUCAUCACGCAAGCGCGUUUGUGAGCAAAAUGCAACACAAAACCCACAAUCAAGCGUCAUCUCCAGUUUCUCCCAGCAACAGCCAAAAUACAGGAUCUGGAUCGCCCACGGAAAGUAAUUGUUCCACAACAUCUUCGCCGUAUCAUAUCACACCACCACCAACUUCCCCACCAGGCAUGCUCUAUCCACACUCAACAUUAGAAUCAGCAACAUACCUUGUAUCAUCAGCACCUUCAAGCAGAACUUUAACUAACAGUAACAGCUACCCUGGAGUUUCGAGUUCAUACGGAUCAAAAGCAUAUGAAGUAUGGUAUCAGAAGCCGUCGAACAAUAUCAAUGUAGAAGGCGUAACAAAUUCUUCUCCAAAUACGGCAUUAGGAACUUAUUCAAAUUCAAGCCCUAGUACUGGAAGUACUACGUCAUCUAGUUAUGUAACUUCUGCCGCAGCGUAUGCUCACACCAAUCCAUGGGAAGCAGCAUUACAUUCAACUAAUACCUGGUUUGAAAUGCAAAGUCUACAACAUCACCAGCAGAUGGCAGCGGCAGCAUACCCGUCUGAAUAUCACCAUUCGUUUUCUGCGGCACCUCUAACAUCACUAGGAAGUUUAUCCACAGCAGCUCAACAUCACAACCCAUACGACACCUUCAAGCCUGUACUUCCAGGCACAACUGGAAGUAUGUAUUCUUCAGAACCCGCACCCCCACCUGCACUUCCGGCUAUGAUCCCAACUCCUUCAAUACCGGGACCAACACGUUCAACUCGUCGAUAUUCUGGACGAUCGAUUUGUGAAUGCCCAAAUUGUCAAGAAGCCGAGCGAUUAGGACCAGCUGCUUCAUCAUUUAAACCUAAAGUUCACAGUUGCCAUAUUCCUGGUUGUGGAAAGGUCUACAAUAAAACAUCACAUUUGAAGGCUCAUCUAAGAUGGCACACAGGGGAGAAGAGAUUUGCAUGUCCCGUGUGCAACAAGAGAUUUCAACGAAGUGAUCAUCUCAGCAAACACGUAAAAACUCAUACUACCACUGGUCAGGAGAACGGAAACACAAAAAUGAACGGAGUGAAAGUUGAACCGACCGCAGUGGCUGGGGCAGCUGAAAAUGUAACUGGCCGCGCAAAGUAGAGGUUUAAAUAAUACACAAUAAUAGGAGUGAUUAUAUGUUAAACAGAACAACGGGUAUGAGUAUAUGGAGCCUGAUUGAAAUUGAGAUACAACUCACAAAGUGUAUGCAUCAAGGUGAAAUGAAGUCGUCCACUUUUAGUAGCAUAUGUCAAGGCGUUCAUUGCGGAUUUUCUACGACACAGGCAUAAUGAGCAAAGUUACAUUUCGUAUUGACUUUUAUUGUUUGGACUGGUCUAACAAUAUUAUAUACGACCGUCAACGAAAACACUGUAAUAAAACACCCACAAUUAAAUGACAUUUUUGGUGACGAAUAAAAAUUAUGUUUUCAGUUUAGAUAUAGAUAUUAGAACCCAUAUUAACGAUCUAGCAAUGGUCCAUAUUAGAGUGAAUAUAUAAAUAUAUAUUGGGAUUACGUAACCGAUUGACUGUGAAUUAUUGGUUAAUUUUGUGCACAUUUUAUAAUAAACCUCCACGUCACAAAGAAAAUAUGUUAUCGAAUUAGGUGUUCAUGCAAAAAAAAAUUGGCUCUAAAUUUUAACCAAACAAAUUUAAUUUGAAUUUUAAGCUUUUAAUUCACGUAUAAUGACCGUAUGUAUUAAAAUGAUAAUCACAUAAUUAGUCGCAUCGUAAGAAGAAAAAAACUGCUGAAUUGAUUUUUAUGUUUAUUUAUAUAAUUUAUACAUUUUUGUUAUCAUAUUUUGUUGAAUUGUAUUAAUUUUGGUUUGUAUAUUUGAAAGUUUCUCUGAAUUUGUUUGAUUUUUGUUCAUUUAUUUCUUUUGCACAUUUCCAAUA